AUUUUUUCCUUUUAAGUUAUUUUGGUCUCCCAAGGUUAGAGAUUCCCCUUCCAUGAUCUGAUGUUUCAUCUUUACCUUCUCUCUCCUUCCAAUUUCUUCUCAUCUAUCCAAAUAAUAUUGCAGAAUCGUACACCAGAUAUUUUUAUUUCUUUAUCCAGCCGGACACAGUUUGUUUUCUCUCAUCUAGCUUGAAUUCAUCAUAAACAUAGGAGGGUUAAUGGAUAGAAUAUUGCUCAAAUCCGAUUCCUCGUUUUCUUUUCUUUUUGUUUAUUGUAUAGGUUGGUGAUUGGAUUCUAGAACAUCCAAGGAAAUGGAACAUGGUGCUUUAGUGCUAAGCAAGCGAGACGUUCAUAUGGACUUACCACCAGGUUUCCGCUUCCACCCCACUGAUGAAGAACUCAUUACUUACUACCUUUACAAGAAGGUUAUCGAUGCCAGCUUCAGUGCCAGAGCCAUUGGAGAAGUUGACUUGACCAAAUCAGAGCCAUGGGAUUUGCCCUCUAGCACAGGAGAGAAGGAUGGGUACUUCUUCUGUGUGAGGGAUAGGAAGCACCCAACUGGUUUGAGGACAAACAGGGCUACCGAGGCUGGUUACUGGAAGGCAACAGGAAAAGACAAGGAGAUCCACCGAGGAAAGAUUCUUAUUGGGAUGAAGAAGACCCUUGUUUUCUACAGAGGCAGGGCAUCCAAAGUAGAGAAGACCAACUGGGUCAUGCAUGAAUACAGAUUAGAGGGAAAGACUUCUGUCCACAACCUCUGUAGAACAAAAAUGAAUGAGUGGGUGAUCUGCAAAGUAUUCCAUAAGAACUCUGGAGAGAAGAAAGAUGCAGAACUCAUGGAGAUGGGCUCCUGGUUUGAAGAUGGAUUGGAUUCUGCUCUUCGAGCUCCAUUGAUGAAUGAGCACUACGGCAGAAAGAACAAAGCUUCUUCGACAUCCAUCUCGACCCAUAUGACCUGCUUCUCCAAUGCCUUGGAGGGUGACACAGGCCAUGAGGAGCUGUUGGAGAACUGCUACACAUUUGCCUCUCUCUCUGAGUCCAAUUUUUCGCCAUCAUCACUAAAUCUCUUUGAUAUGCCUCUGCCUGGCUCCUUGAAUACCACCAGCCUUGGGGCUUCUCAGAACCCAGGUGCCAGUUUAGUGCAAUUGCUUGAGAAUAAUGGAUAUAGCAAGGAGGAGAGUUUCAAAAUAGAGAGGGAUCUUAUCAUCAUUCCAGCUCUCAAAAACAAUUAUAUGGACAGGCACUUCUUUGAUUGCCAAGAGAAGACAAAUGCUUCAGCUAGGCCUCUGUGAUGGGUGUUUCUAAACUACUGAAAAGAAGGAUUUAAUGCAAGCAAAAAAUUAAAUUUCGAGGAGAGAGAAUUGUACUGCUGGUGUGUGCAUGUAAAUAUUGGUUUCAGCAUGAAUAUUUAGAACUUUAACAGAAGAUGACAGAAAAUUAGAAUAUUUUGGAGCAUUAAGAUCAAUGUCUUGGAAUGUUGUUUCUUAUAUCGCUUGAAAGCCUUGUUUACAGGUGUCUUCUGAAUUGAGUGCUGAGUAUUUCCUCAUUUUAAGAUUA